AUGGCUCCAAAACCCUGGGCGUCCCCAGAGCAGCUCGAAUUCCUAGAGGCUAGGGUGGUGUCUUACCGUACUCAUCAGGCUGAGCAAAGCUUAACGCGUUUCCGUGUUGAACUCUAUCGCGAGUGGUUCCAAGCUUACCCGGAGAGGGAUGUCGUGUUCCCGGGGCGCGUCGAACCGCUUACCGAAGAGGAGCUUGCAAUCGUUGCCAAGGCUAAUGAGGGACGAAAAGGCAAACUGUGCAACUGGUACAACAAUCGGAUGGGCCAGAAGGGACGCAAGGCCGCGACCUCACGCAGUGCACGCGGUGAAUUCUCUCUGAAGCCGAAGGGGACACGCUCUCUCCAAGUCAAUGAGGUGUACUCACGGAAGUAUUACAAGACUCGUGUCAAACACAAAGUCACCGCGAAGAUAGAAGCCGCGAAGGUUGCGAAGAAGGAGUACUCGAGGGCAGAGAAGCUGGCAUUGAUCAAGUACGAGACCGGCGAGUCGUUCAAGAACGAGUCCGACGAGGUGAAGGCCGAGAUCGAGGACGAGGUGCGUGCGGCGAAGGAGGUCGCAGCGGAGACUCGUGGAGAAGACGGGAGCCAGGCCGACGGUGAUAUCAGCCCGGCUUGUCGUCAAGCUAUCAUCGACGACUUACCGGCGGCCUUCGGACAAUUCUUCGGCGCUGUCCACGCGAAGACGAAGAUGUACUGCAUGGUGUUUGUUGUGGGCAAGGAGCCGGGCAGCGACAAGGUCACGAGCCUAACAUUCCACUCAGAGCCGCCUGGGCAGGGAUAUGACUUUGGCUCGUCGACACCCGACUUCAAGGGUCGCUUUGUUCGGCCAUUCAUCAAAUAUGUCAAAAAAGAGUUGGCAUGCACCGAGGAACAGGAAUCCCAGACACCCGAGCGGGAAACUGGCGCGAGUCCCAGCGCCACAGGCCCUGCGGACGACCUCGAAAGCGUUGCGGGUGAUUCUACCCCUAGCGGCUCUGCGCACGAGUUGCCGGCCGCGGUGUCGGAGGAGCAGACCGUCGAGGAGGAGCAGACCGUCGAGGAGGAGCAGACCAUCGAGGAGGAGCAGACCGUCGAGGAGGAGCAGACCGUCGAGGAGGAGCAGCUCGUCGAGGAGGAGCAGACCGCCGUCGAGGACCCUCAGAUCGUCGAGGAACUUCCGUCCGUCCCUGUGAAAUCACCUGACACGGUUGUCAGCGCCAGCGCUAGCGCCCCCGACUCCUCAGCGGAGAACGCCGUGUUGCGGUCAGACGCCAACUUCAUACCUCUGUCUGCUGACCCCGAUUGGGACGAGUCCACGUCGACGUCGAUGCUCGACCUGCUUCUUGGCCCCAAUCCUGACCAUCUCUAUCCGUCCAACGUCCACUUCUCCCAGCUCGAUUACUCUCAGUUUCACCCUGCUGCUCCUCAACUUUUCCCGACUCAGUUUGAAGCUACCCCGCCAGUUCGCCACGACUUGCGCUAUCAGUCGGAUGGUGGCGACGUACGCACUAUGGCGCUGAUGGGCAACGAGAACUACGUGUUUCCGCCAUCUGCGAACCCCAUGUCCUCAAUGCCACAGUCCUAUGCAUACCCGCUUGCCGCAGGCACUCCGGCCAUGGCGAUGCAUGCGUCGCUACCUACAGCAAUGGCACCAUUGUACUUCCCUCGCGGAGGCUGGAAUCAUGGGAUGCACGCUCAAGGCAAUCAAGUUGGAGCAGGUAGCUACUACUACAAUGAUAUGCCGAUGGCGGUCCAGCCUGCGAUGCCGACGAUGGCCCAGCCUCUGCCGACGACGACUGUCCAGCCUGCGAUGCCGACAAUGGCCCAGCCUCUGCCGACGACGACUGUCCAGCCUGCGAUGCCGACGACGGCCCAGCCUCUGCCGACGACGACUGUCCAGCCCGCGAUGCUAACGACCGUCCAGCCUGUGCCGACGAUGACCGUCCAGCCUCCGCCGCCGACUACCAUCCAGCCUCUGCCGCCGACUACCAUCCAACCUCUGCCGCUGACUACCGUCCAGCCUCCGCUGCCGACUACCGUUCAGCCUCCGCUGCCGACUACCAUCCAGCUUCCGCUGCCGACUACCGUCCAGCCUGCGCCGAUGACCGUCCAGCCUGCCAUCGCGCCGCCGACGACCACUCAGCCGGUGCCGACAACGGUUGCCCAGGGUGCGCAUGCACCUCCUUCGCCGCAGACGACCACUACUGGCAUGGUCAGCUCGGGGUCAGCAUCGACGACGCAUACAAGUGUCAUUUCACCGCGCGAGAAAAUUCUCUCAGUGACUGGUGUUCAAGUUGUCGAGGGCAGCGUGUCUCGUUCUUCCGACGCUUCACUGGGGAGUGUCACGGCAGCACGACCACAGCGCAUGCGUCGCCCACCUACUAAUCCUGAUGGCACGCGACCGAACAACCUGCCUGGUGGCUCAGACACGGAGAAGGAGAAGGAGAACCGUGAUGGGGUGGUGUUGAAUGGAAAAAGGAAGAGAGGCGGUGCGGCUGCCGGCGCAUCACCGAAGAAGAGGAAGGUGAGCUAA